AGUGGUUACGCAAUGAAGAACGUAUGCUUUUGCUUCUAAGCCUUUGGUUUUUUAUGUGUGGUUCUCUUUUCUUAUCUCUAUGAACCAACACCAAACAUUUUCCAACAUUCCUUCAUUAUAUAUCAGAACAAAACAUUAUUCGUUCAUGAGAGAAACAAUGUCUGAAAUAGAAAAGCAAAAGCCGGAAGAAGAAGAAUCAUCCACGACAUGGCCGGAUAUCGAAGAAGAACUCGUGCUUCCCGAUGUGUUACGUAGUGAAGGCGUGAAGAAACUGCAUAUGAGUAUUCAAAGUGAGUGGGAUUACCUUCAGAAGUCUGCUUGUCAAACAGCUGCAGGAAGAGCUUUGUGGAAACAUGUUAUUCAUGAUCCGCUUGCUCAUUUGUUUGCUGGAGAGACACAUUUGAGAAACCUACACACAAAGAUUCAGACUGACCGUCUCAACAAUGCUCGAGAGGUUUCUGGUGUGAUCCUAGCCGUUCGAACUCUCUGGUUUGACACAAGGAUUCAAGCUGCUCUGGAGUCUUUCCACGGCGAUGCAGCACAGGUUGUUCUACUUGGUGCAGGAAUGGAUGCAAGAUCAUACAGACUAAACUGCUUGAACAAAAGUGACGUAUUCGAAGUGGAUUUUCAAGAUGUUUUGGAAACCAAAGCGAGCCUAGUUCAAGCUGCAGUAAACUCUAGAGAUGAGCUUAGGAUGACAGCGAAAUCACUAGUCAGAGUAGCAAUUGAUAUCAGAGACAACGAUUGGUUUGAACAGCUUAAAAAAUCAGGUUUUUUGCCAGAGAUUAACACGGUAUGGGUUCUCGAAGGUAUUCUCUAUUACCUGUCUCACACAGAGGCAAUGCAAGUACUAAACCUCAUAGCUGAGAAGUGUGGACUAACCAGCACAGUUCUCUUGGCGGAUUUCAUGAACAAACCAUCAGCUACACUUCCAAACUCUGUGUUCCACUUUUACAGUGACUGGCCUGAUCAGCUCUUACCAACUUUGGGAUUCUCUCAUGUCAAGCUUUCACAAAUAGGUGAUCCAGAUGCGAAUUUCGGUCUGCUCCACGAUCCACGGAAUCUCUUCAACAAACUUCUCCGCCUGCCAAGGACUGCACAAAUCCAUCCAGAUGAUGGAAAACCAUGCUGCCGUUUGUAUUUGUUCUAUAUUUCUAUCUGCUUGAAAAUUACAACGAAGAAAGAACGCUUGUCAUGCCUUUCGAUAACUAGCAUGAUCGUCCUUCCUUACUGUAACUCAAACGAUGAAUGAAGCUCAGCAUCAAGCAUAAGAGUAUAUUCAUAUAGAACGAGAUAUCGUCUCUCACUUAGACAGUUGUAAAAAAAGUUGGUACACCUA